AUGAACAAGACAAGUGAGCGCAAGAGACCAGCAGCACUGCAGCUGAACGCGGACGGUGCAUCUAGAGCGUCAGAGGCGAUGACGGGGCCACCCACGGGCUAUAUAACGGGUACGCCAGCACCACACACCGCCGCACUCAACCACACGAAGCACCUCGACAAUCUACACGCGCAAGCGCUGCGAUACUGGGAGCGCCACGAGCAUGCGGACUGUGCGCUAGUGAUACCGGUCGACGAGGGGUGCGAGUGUGAGUGUGAUGCCGCGUGCGAGGCUCAAGUUGAAGGCAAAGGUGAGCCGCACACGCUGCUCUACCCACAGACGCCACAGACGCCACCCACGCGACGCACUUCGGAGGUCACCAUAUCCGCUGCGGCGGCUGCAUCAGCUGGACUGUCCGCAGCGGUGUUCAACUACGAUGUAGCACGCGCUGAGGCUGUGGAAGGGAGUGGCAAUCGGACGCUGUUCUGGCCGCCGCUGAACAAACACAAACACAAUCACGGUCAGCAGGAGAGCGACGACCACAACACGCACGACGAACGAACCCCACGCGCUAGCGUUGCGAGCAAUAGUAGCGCACACAGCACACAGACCAUUCGAGCUUUCGGCAGUAAGAGCAGUGUGACUAGCCCGAGAAGCAGUAGAAAGACGUCCGUCGUCGCCGAUGGGGCUGCGCUGAAACCGGAGCAGAUUCAGAGUCAAAUUGAGAAUUACAGCCAAAAUCACACUCACACCCACUCACACUCCCAUCCACGCCUACUUGUCCUCCAUCUCCACAAGGACUUCCUCACAUCCCAAUCGAGCCUCUUCAAGGCAAUUUUCGACAGACUGGGGGAGGAGAGUGAGCAGGCAGACGCCGAAGCAGAAGCAGGCGCGUACAAGCAUUUGAACAGAUCGGAAAGCGAAAAGAGCGAAAAAGUGGAAACUAUGAAGAAGACGGAGCAGAUAGCAUCCGAGACGCGCGCGAUGCUAAAGCAGGGAGUUGCGCACAGUAUGCACAGCAAACACAAACGGACAAUACCACAUAUCAUGCCACACACUCGCGCCAUAUACCUACCGAUACCCGACGCGUACUCUUUGCUGCAUCUCGUACAAGCACUCUAUUUCGGACAUGGACCCUUUCUGGAGGGCCACCUCGAAAGCGGUGCGGUUAAGUGGGAGGGCGCAGUGCAGAACGCGGAAUAUCUCGGAUUGGAUUCGUGGGUAAAGCGGGUUUUGGGACGGUGGUGGAAUAGACGGGUGAAUGUGGGCAAGAGGCGUGCUAGUGGUGCGUCGAUACCCCACACCCAUACUCAGAAUUUGCCCACGAGGAAAAGCAGCGGCAUGUAUGCUCAUUCUUAUUCACAUAUCAAGCAGACUCUGCACAAUUUUGAUCUCUCUAAGACGUCAAGUGGUCUUGUCGAUUCUGGUGGGUAUGGAAAUCAAGACAAAUAUCGUCAUCCAACAAGUCCAAAAUCGGAGGAGAUACUGAGUAAGAGGUUGCGUAAUAUUUAA